GAGGGACUUCCUUUUCCGGGUACGGGUCCCCAGGCGGAGGGAGAGCGAGGCAUCCGGAGCGCUUGAGCCCCCCGGGCGCCAGACGGAGAGGCCGACAAAUGGCUGCUAAACUUGGAGAAAUUUCUCACGUGAAUAAUUCUGCUCCCCUCGUGGACCCCUCGGUGUACGGUUACGGAGUAAAGCGGGCUUUGGAAGACGGGAGUCUCCGUGUAAACUGGCUUCAUGGAUCGCAGAUAAGAGACAACCCCAGAAGUAACCAGUUAGGAGCCCUGGUACAUCAAAGGGCAGUAAUAACCGAAGAUUUCAAAGUGCCUGACAAAAUGGUUGGAUUCAUUAUCGGCAGGGGCGGUGAGCAAAUCUCCCGGAUUCAGGCAGAAUCAGGGUGCAAAAUUCAGAUAGCAUCAGACAGCGGUGGGAUGGCAGAAAGGCCUUGCAUGCUGACCGGAUCGCCAGAGAGCAUCGAACAAGCGAAACGACUCCUGGGCCACAUCGUAGAUCGUUGUAGGAAUGGGUCCGGCUUUCACAACGACGUGGACGGCAACAACACAGUACAAGAAGUCCUCAUUCCAGCCUCCAAAGUGGGCCUGGUCAUCGGGAAAGGUGGCGAAACGAUAAAACAAUUGCAGGAACGAACCGGUGUGAAAAUGAUCAUGAUCCAAGAUGGCCCUUUACCGACCGGAGCAGAUAAACCUCUUCGGAUUACGGGAGAUGCUUUUAAAGUACAGCAAGCCCAGGAGAUGGUAUUGGAGAUUAUCCGAGAAAAAGACCAGGCCGACUUCCGGGGCCUACGCAACGAUUUUACAUCCCGAAUGGGACGGAGCAUAGAGGUCUCUGUGCCCAGAUUCGCCGUGGGGAUCGUAAUAGGAAGAAACGGCGAAAUGAUCAAGAAGAUUCAGAACGACGCCGGGGUUAGGAUUCAGUUUAAACCAGAUGACGGUAUCAGCCCAGAAAGAAUUGCCCAGGUCAUGGGCCUCCCUGACCGAUGCCAGCACGCAGGUCACAUCAUCACCGAGCUCAUCCUCACGGCACAGGAGCGUGAUGGUUUCGGGACCCUGGCCGUCACCCGGGGCAGAGGGCGUGGACGGGGAGACUGGAGCCUGGGCACCCCCGGCGGCAUGCAGGAAAUCACUUACACGGUGCCCGCCGAUAAAUGUGGCCUGGUGAUCGGCAAAGUCGCUAAGCGAAACGCUGCAGUUCUUGAAAGCAGCGAGCCAGUCCCCUUGGAAAACAACUCUCAAAAGUCGGAGGAGCUGUCCUCCACGAACACUUUCAUUGGAGGUCCGACACAGACCUGCCCCUCCUGCAACCAAAAACCGCCUCACAAUCACACUGGGCGACGUAAAAUGUAA